GUGACGUUGGCUAUUGUUGAGUCAGCGCUGCUCACUCUCCUGCUCAUCUAUCCCGGUAUUAUGGAUCCUGUCGUCAGUUUCAUCAACCAAAACAUCGGGAGUGCCGGCUCCAGGAAGCGACGAGACACGCGGGCGGCCAUGCUAGAGCAAGCGGCAGCCAUUCAUAACCUCUUUCUCGACGCCAUCGACCACUACGAGAGUUUGGACGAAAUGCUGUCGA